AUGAACACAACACAGUUGGAGCAGACUGGGAACGGAAGCUUCUGCAGUCCGAUAAAUCCGUCAGCAGAAAAACUUGCAAAAACAGUAGCUUACAGUCUGAUCACUGUUGUUUCGUUGGUUGGAAAUUCUCUUAUCGGAAUAAUUGUCUACAAAACACCAACUUUAAGAAAACCGAUUAACCUAUUGAUCGUGAACAUGGCCAUGUCAGAUUUGCUUUUUCCACUAAUCCUAUUCCCUAUUCGCCUGGCAGAGUUGCACGUUGGCUCUUGGCCCAUUAAUGGUGGCCUUGGUAAGGCCUUGUGCAAGCUACACGCUUUCCUUGCAGAUGCCUCCACGUCAGUCUCGAUUCAGAGCCUGGUUCUGAUAACAGUCGAUCGAUUUGGAGCGGUCGUAUUUCCUCUACGUUCUCCUAUCGUCAGUCCCAAGCUCUGUGCGUUCUUUAUCCCUGUCUCGUGGAUUGUUGCAACGACGAUAGUAUGA